AUGAACGGCACUCCCCUCCUUCCGUCUGCCUUUCCCCAGACGCCCACGACCAUUCCAAGGAGAAGGAAGCUCUUUGAGACUCCAUCUCGCUCGCAACCGCGCGAUGUGCGCCCUCAAAAGUCGCCGAGCAGAUCCCCCGCCAAGGUGCCCAAGCCGCUCGCCAACGCCAACACAAACACGCCGCUCGUCCCUACCGACGUGAUCGAUGCGCCCUCGCAACGUCUUUAUGUGGUGGCCUUCUACUUUGCGCUCAACGCGUAUCGGAUAUACGAAUCCUGGAAUGCCUCCGAUGAGCUGGACUCGACGUGGUUGUUUUUGAAAUGGGUAUCUCUGGACGGCAUUUUCUUGUUUGGCUUGCAAGCUCUGCGCAUACCAUGGCUAGAGUGGGCGUUCCCCACCACACUGGCUAUGUUCUUGUUACAUGUUGUGGGCAAUGUCUUCCUCAUGUUCCGUAUCCCGAUUCCUUUGGGCGCGUGGCUCGGAGGCUUGGUCAAGGUAGCUUAUGAUCGCGAGCUGUCCAUCUCCGGGCGCAACGUGAAGCCCGGAGACAUCAUCCAUAAUGCGUCUUUGAUCCUGGGAAAGCAAAUUGUGCAUAUCUUGCCGGAAGGGUCUGCUGUUCUCAAUCCCGAACGUGAACCACUCUGUCUCGAUGCUCAGAAAAACACUGUCCUCCUCCCCAUUCGAGUGAACCAGACCGACCCGAUCCUCAUUGAAGUGUUGCGCCUCGACCUCCACACUGGUGAAAACGAAACCUUGACUAUCCCCGCCAAGCAGCUCAAACAGCUCAAGCGUCAAGCCGAGAAGCGACAUGCGACUUUGGACACUGUCCCGCAUCGGGAUCUCUUCUUCCCCGUGCGCAAGACCGGUAUCUAUCGCCUCCAGCGUGUGGUGGAUGAGUCUCAACUGGAUGUUCGCACGCGUACCUCUGACGCACUGGUGGUCACUUGUCCUCGUGCACUCAUCAAGAACUCCUACACCGAUAAAUGCAGAGGAGAGCUGUCCAACAUCCUUCUCGAGGUUGAGGGUACACCUCCCUUGAAGAUUAAGUAUAGUCGGGAGGUCAACUUCCAGGACCGCGGGGUCUCUUUCCAGAACGUCCAACCAGAUAACUUGCGCACUCCCUUGUUGAAUCAGAAACCCACGGGUGCCCUCUUCAGUAUUAACCAGCCGGACAUCUCUUGGGCUCAAAGCCAGAAGAUUGAUGUCCCCUUGAAUGAAUCGUUGAACGUGAACGGCGAAUGGUUCUACGCCAUUGAAGAGGUUCAUGAUGCUCUGGGCAAUGUCGCCAAUUACUCUUCCAUCUUUGAGGAUGGGGAGAGGCCGUCACCCAAGUCAUCGUCUCAGUGGCAUCAAUUGAUGAUCCACGAGCGUCCCCAAGUGUCCUUGUCUGGCUGCAAUGAGCAGCGCCCGCUGGAGGUUGCUCGUGGGGAUAGCGUCAACUUGCCAAUUAACUUCCAACAAACUACAAAGCCAUACGAUCGCGACGGUCCCUUCACUGUCACCUACUCUUUCAGCGCCACCGGUGCCGAACGAAAGGAAGGUGAAGUCGUUGAUAGUAAGACCAUCGUCCUGAAGAGCCUGGAUCAGCAGACUCUUAUCAAAGAACCUGGCUGGUACUCCCUGACAUCGGUGUCGAGUCAGUACUGCCCAGGUGAAGUCUUGGAGCCUUCAUCUUGCAAUCUGCGCAAUCCUCCCGAGCCGGAGCUGUCCAUUAAGACUGAGAAGGUCUUCGACCGAUGCGCUAACAAUGCGGUUGGUCUACUUGUUGAUCUAGACCUCACAGGAUCCCCUCCCUUCCGUAUCCGGUACAGCACUGAAAGUCCGAAGGGUGUGCAAACGCAGACGAAGAUCAUCGACGGCUUGCGAUCCCAGCUAGAUUUCACGCCGUCCGAGGCUGGUUCCUACCGGUAUCGCUUCCUGGAUAUUGAAGAUUCCGUGUACUCUCCUCGAUCCCUCAAAGACAAGGUCGCGGUUCUUGAACAGGAUGUCAAGCCACCGGCGUCUGCUCACUUCCUUGGCCCCAGGGAUGUACGCAAGGCCUGCUUCGGCGAGUCUGUAUCCGUGGAUCUGGCAUUCCUGGGAGAAGCCCCAUGGUCUCUUCAGUACGAGCUUGUCCACAAUGGCAAGCGCACAAAGCACACCUUGGAGUCCGAGACUGAUGUUGCUACUAUUACUACGGACAAGCUGGUCAGCGGCGGCGAGUACAGACUCUCACUGACCAGCAUCAAGGACAAGUCGAACUGCAAACGGAACUUGAAGGACAGCAUCAAGAUUGACGCUCGGUCCAAGCCACCACAUGUCGCGUUCGGCCAAAUUGACAAAAGGAGAACUAUUUCUGCUUUGGCAGGAUCUAAAAUUGAUAUUCCCUUGCGACUGAGCGGCGAGAAGCCAUGGACUAUCAAGUACAAGAACGUGGAUGUGAAUACCUCGCCUCUGACCAAGACAUUCUGGGACGAGAACAGCCGUUUAACUGUGGAUCGUGAGGGUCUCUAUGAACUCCUUGAAGUCUAUGACAAAUCCUGCUCUGGAUUUGUCGACCAAUCUGCCAAGGAGUUUGAAGUUUCAUGGAUUCCCCGGCCCCAAAUCACCGCCGUAGACGGUUCUCCCAUCGUCAAGGGCGAGUUUGUGAAGCCCGAGGUCUGCCAGGGUGACGAUGAUAGUCUUGAGCUCCGCCUGUCUGGCAAUCCUCCGUUCAGUCUUCAAUACGAGCAACGCCGGAAAUCAGACCGUGGACAAGCCUCUGCCCGAUCGAAGAACAUCAGAACCGCUCUCAACUCGGCUUCCAUGGAGAUGGAUACUUGUGAGCCAGGUCAGUACACCUACAAGUUCUCCGAGGUGGGCGACAAUCUCUAUGAUUAUGACCCGAAGAGCAGUGGUCUUGUGGUCACGCAAAAGGUCAAUUCGCUUCCGUCCGCCAAGUUUGACUCUCCUGGACAUAUCUACGGCUUCUGCAAGGAGGAUGCCACUGGCGAGGAGACUAUUCCUCUCACCUUGGAAGGUCUUCCUCCAUUCUCAUUGGAGAUCAUCAUCAAACACCAUUCCAACGCUAAGCCGGAAAUUGUCACCAUCCCCAAGAUCAACUCCAAUCACCACAACCUGCCCCUUCCCCGUCGCCACCUUGACCUGGGCCAGCAUGUGGUUAGCAUCCACAAGGUUCGCGACGCUCGCGGCUGCCAGAGAACUACCGAGUUCGAUGCUUCGUCUGUCCGGGUCGCCGUUUCGGAUGUCCCCACGAUCAUCCCUCUCGAGUCCAAGGUAGACUACUGUGUUGGAGAGCGUCUGUCUUUCUCCCUGUCUGGACACGCUCCCUUCGACGUGUUCUAUACCUUCAACGGCGUGCAACGGAAGGCCACCUCUCCAAACACCAACUUCCGUCGUAUCGCCGAGCGUCCUGGCGAGUUUACAAUCACCGCUGUCGGUGACGGGGCUAGCGGCAAAUGCAAGGCCCACAAGGAUAUAACCAAGGUUAUACACGAGAUGCCCAGUGUGCGCAUCAGCCAGGGCCAGGUGUCCGUGGUCGACAUUCACGAGGGUGGAGAAGCGGAGUUGAGCUUCGAGUUUUGGGGCACGCCGCCGUUUGAAUUCACCUACAUUCGCAGCACUAAUGCCCGCAAGGGUAAGAAGUCGGAGGUUCUUGAUAUCAAGCACGAUAUUUCCUACGAACACAAGAAGACGAUCAAGACUUCGGACGAAGGUACCUACGAGGUCGUCGCCAUCAAGGACAAAUUCUGUUCCUUUUCCUCUCAGGUACCGACGGGCAAGUCGGACCGGAGCAGUUCAUGA